CCGGCACUGCGCAUGCGCAUUCAUUGUCUUCAGCGGUUUCUGUUGUUUGUUGAAUGAUGGCAGCUACUCUGACUUCAGCAGGAGGACAUAGCGCAAAGUUUAGUGUUGACUCUGUUUGAGGUACCAUGACCCAUUCCUGCAGUCGUCAGUAGACCGUUACCGUUAGCUCAGCUAAAGCUAGCUCAGCUCCGUUGUUUACCUGCCGGCUUUUACACACAAAGUGCCUGGAGAAAUGCAGAGAAUAAGCUCUUUGAAAACCGGUUGGCAGCUGCUGAAGUCUUGCUGUGAAGGAGCAGCAAAACAAGUUAAAACAUCGUCUUCGGCCUCACGAAAUUAUAGCCAUGGCUCCAGCUCCUUCGGGCUCCUCUUUGACAUUGAUGGGGUUCUGGUGCGGGGCAGGACACCGAUCCCUGCAGCCAAGGAGUGCUUCAGGGACCUGGUGGACCGCAACGGGAAAUACAGGGUGCCUGUUGUGUUUGUCACCAAUGCUGGGAACUGCAUGAGGCAGACCAAAGCUGAGCAUCUGUCAGACAUGCUUGAUGUGGAGGUGUCUCCAGACCAGGUGAUGCUGUCCCACAGUCCUCUGCGAAUGUUCACCCAGUUCCACAAGAUGCGUGUGCUGGUGUCGGGACAGGGGCCUAUCGAAGAGGUUGCACACAACCUGGGCUUUCAGGAUGUUAUUACUAUAGAUACCCUCAGAGAUGCAUAUCCUCUUCUAGACGUUGUAGACCACAACAGAAGGCCCAAAGACAGUAUUCCACCCACCAAAGGCUUACGACCAAUAGAUGCUGUCAUCUUAUUUGGUGAGCCAAUCAGAUGGGAGACGAACCUCCAGCUGAUCGUUGACGUGCUCCUGACAAAUGGGAACCCGGACAAUACCUGGAAUUCGAUGCAGUACCCUCACAUCCCGGUCCUGGCCUGUAACAUGGACCUGCUGUGGAUGGCCGAGGCAAAGAAUCCCAGGUUUGGGCAUGGCAUGUUCCUGGUGUCCUUAGAGAGCCUGUACAAGAAGGUCACAGGCUAUGACUUGAAGUACGAGGCUCUGAUUGGUAAACCCAGUGUGGUGACUUAUAACUACGCUGAGCUGCUGAUUAGACAGCAGGCUGAGGGACUCGGCUGGACUACACCUGUGAAGAGGCUGUAUGCUAUAGGUGAUAACCCCAUGGCUGACAUAUACGGCGCCAACCUCUACAACCACUACCUUCAGACUUCUCGCCGUACCAGAGCCCAGAUGCAGGCCAAGAGUGGUGGAGGAGGUGCGGACCCCUUGGCAGAAACUGUUGAUGACUCCCGCAAAAUGACAUCAGCAGAACUAGGUGGUGCGUGCAGUGCGUACGGGGCAGAGGAGGACCUCCCCGAGGGCUGUAGCUCCAUCCUGGUGUGCACAGGAGUAUACAGCAGAGACCAGCAGGAGCUGCCCUCAGACCGAGCCGCCACUGUCACUGAGCAGCGCAUCUUCCACGGUCACAGGGACUUCCGCUUCGACCCCAGCCUCACGCAGCCGUCCUUUAUUGUUCAGGAUGUGAAGGAGGCGGUGGAGCUGGUGUUUCAGCAGGAAGGCUGCUCUCUGAAGUAGGAUGGGUGGCGCUCAAACAGUAGCUUCAUCACACAGCCGUCCAGCUAACAGCUAGUGACCUUUAACCAUUAGUAGCAGCAGGAGAUUUUAGUGUGUUUUUUCACUAAGAUAUGUCUGUUAUUAUAAUAGGAGGGAUAUAGCUGUUUCAGUGGCUUUUUUCUAAAGAGAUUUUUUUUCAGUGCCAUAUAAUCAGCUGCAAAAAUACCAAUAUGCAGUUUUUACACUAAAUAUAGAAGAGUUGCGCCCAUUUUAAGCUGGUCGUGUGUGGUAGUGUGUCACAGACUGCUGCAGCAUUUUACAUUUCAUGAACAACACACACACCUCCCUGUUUCCACUGACUACCUGCUACCUUUAUAAAGUCAAGUGUGUGUCCUUUCUUGCCUUUGUACAACUCGGUUUCUGUCACCUCUCUAGCUUUUUUUUAACGCACACAGAUUGUGUGUAAGUGUAGGUGUUGAGUUACGUGGAUAUUCACUCCACUCAGAUUUUUAUAGUAUCUGUAGGUUAAUGGAUGAGAGUUGAAACAAAGCUACAUCUUAACCUGGGAAAAAGUCCAGCUUGAUCCAGAAAGAGCUCUGUAAAGACACAUCUGCUGGAUCAUCUGACACAACAUGUCCAGAUAAAGAUGGAUUUUAUUAUUUGCACAACUGUCUACCUAACUGGGUCAUCUUGGCUUUUCCAAAACCAACAGGUCUUAACUAGACCAGUCCUGCUGUUUGUUUUUACUGCUAUCAUAUUUCAGCUUGAUUUGUUUUUAAGCUAGAGUGAAUACAUAACCACUAAUGCUGAUGAGAUUAAGUUACCAGGUCUCACUUUAGUACCUCACCACUUUUGAUUUUAAACUUGAACAACAAAUACGGUCAUUUUAUUUUAGUAUUUUAUGAAACGGUUAAAAUUAUAUGUACCACAGUUUCAGUAGGAAAAGGUGCUAUUGUUCUGUCAAAUGGAAAUGUGUUGAAAAUCUUAUGCAGGGUUAAUGUAAAUGUCUGUCAGAGAAGGAUUUUGUGGGAGACAAAUGUAUUUAAAGUUGCAGCAAUAGUGAAAAUUUCACAAUGUACUGCUUUAUUAUAUAUAUAUGGUUUGUAAGGUGUCAACUAAGGGUUUAAAACUGUGUACUGAAGAAGACCUACAAUAUGAAAG